CCACGCACGCAUGAUACAGGGCCGUGAGAGUAGAUUGUGCGGACUGUGUACAUUGCGAGCAUAGGUCGUUAUAUGAAUACAAGUUUCACAUCUAAAUCCCUGCAACACCUUACUCUCGUAUACGUUACAUUGUAAAUUUUCCGAACAGUGAUUACAGAAAACGACAUUUCGCAAUAGUCAAGAUCAGGGUCAAGAAGCACAGGCGAGGAGCGACGGGAUAGUAACUGAAACUGAUGAAAGUCAGUUUGUUGUUCGAUCUACCAAACUUUUCAAAUGGAUCAGCUGAUUAUUGUGGCCUUGUUGAUCCUCCCUGUGAUGGGGAGGGAGGCACCAGUGAUAAAUGCAACCUGGGGACGUAUACAAGGCGUCACGAGAACCAGUAGAGACGGACUACCUUACUUUGGCUACUACGGAAUCCCGUACGCGACACCUCCAGUGGGAGAUCUCAGAUUCAGAAAACCCAAAGCACAUCCAGGAGUUUCCAUAUCCAUAUUUAAUGCUUCCAGCUAUGGACUGCCAUGUCUUCAGCAAUCACCAAUGCUCCCUCUAAACAUCUCCUUUCCAGCCAUGAGUGAAGACUGUCUCACCCUGAAUGUGUUUCUGCCCAACACAACUGAGGUAUCGUCCAGCGUGUCUGUGAUGGUCUGGAUCCACGGGGGAGGGUUUGUGUAUGGAGCCGCUUCUUUGUACGAGCCUUGGCAAUUGGUGACAAAAGGUGACGUCAUCGUCGUCACCAUCCAGUACAGGCUGGGGAUAUUCGGAUUUUUCAGUACCGAAAAUGACGUCGCACCUGGUAACUACGGAUUAUGGGAUCAGCACCUGGCACUGCAGUGGGUCAAGAACAAUAUUGAAGCUUUUGGUGGUGACAGUAGCAACAUCACCAUCAUUGGAGAAUCUGCAGGGGCGGCGAGUGUCGCGUAUCACGUGCUGUACCCAGAGUCAAAGGGGUUGUUCCAGAGAGCAGUUCUACAGAGCGGAGCUGCCACGUCUCUCUGGGCGAUCAACAGACAUGUCACGUUUUUGUCAAUGUUUGUUGGAAGCAGUUUAGGUUGCCUCGGUGAUGGCCCUGAUAUAAUGAGUAGACAACAGGCAAUGGUAGACUGUAUGAGGAAGAACGAUAGUAUGAGAGUGUUAGCCUUUUCGUAUGUUGGAGGGACACCAGCCUACGAGCUAAUGCAGUACACUUGGGUCCCGACCAUUGAUGGAACCUUUGUCAAAGACGAUCCACAGGUAUUAAUGAGUGACAUCACUUUCUUAAAUACCACGUGUAUCAAGGACAUCGACGUAAUGGUAGGGGCUAACAACAACGAAGGGGGACUUCUGCUGACGACAGCUCUAGCAUUCGACAAGGCGUAUGGCUACACAUACGCAACCGAUAUCUUCAAGCAGAAGGAGUUUGAUACAGAUAUUCUUCCAACAGUUACAUCAUUGGCAUUAGCAGCUAUCCCUCCAUCCAUCAAUGAUAUCGUCAGUGUGGAGUACACAUACCCGCGACCACCAUCUGACGAGCCCCUACCUCAACAACAGGUGCUUUCAACCUACGGUGACCCCAGCUUUUUGAUACCGGGACUGCUCUUUGCCAGGACGCACGCAUUGUUAAACACCAGCAGGAGGUGUUAUUUCUACCUGUUUAAUCACUACCCAUCUUUCGCCAGAGAGAGCCCUGUGAAAGGUAUGAGCCAUGGAACGGACACCUUGUAUCUGUUUGACCUGGACCCGGCCACAGUCAAGAUACUUGGCUACACAGGGAACCUGACGUCAGAGGAGUAUGAGCUGGCAGAUACAUUUGUCUCUUUCAUUGCUGACUUUGCCAAGACAGGUGACCCCAGUCCUACUGUUGAAGAAAAGCUUGGUCAGGCAUGGCCCGAGUACAAGAUGUACGACCAGCGUUACCUGUCCUUCACAACAAACAUGUCAGUAGGUGACCACGUGUACCCCAGGCGAGUGACCCUGUGGCUGGACAUCAUCCCGAACCUCGUGAACAUCCCGACUACAUCUACAGCUUCCACGUCAUCUACAUCCACUUCAAAAGCAACUACAUCUGCCCCUACAUGGUUCGGGCUAGACCCUCACACGGCCGAAGUGACUAUCCUGGCCCUCAUCGUAACUCUGUGUGUCGUCGGCAUGUUGCUGGUUACAUUAUCAGUGUGCUGCUGUUUGAAGCGGAGGAAACACGGACUGGAAGGAUAUACAGUAAAAUGAGACCAACAGAUCUCAGGGGUAUUUACAACUGAGCUUCAAGUUUUUAUCACAGCCAAAUAAUCAGUUGACGAUCAUGCUUAUGGUGAUAAUAAUGCACUCCAUCACCUAUAUAUCCCACUGAACUAUGCUACCCCAGAUGAAAGUACACGAUUUUUGUGUACAUCAAAUUGAUUUCUUUAAUCACAUACCAACACAAUAAAAACUCAUAUUAGUGAAAAACUUAAUAUAUUUGUCGAAAACGUCAAGCACCACUGGGUCUAAAGAUGUAUGGAUCGACAACAGAAUGAUAGGCAUUGCUUCCAUGCAUCAGUAGCUGUGACAUCCCAGAUACAGUCGUCGGUCGCAGCAUCGGGUGAGACAUCGGAUGGACCAUGUGGGAGCCUAUUGAAUGACUCGAAGUUCGUUGUAUUGUUCUUUGGGGUUGGGUGUGUG